GCAGCAUUUUGUUGAAGAAAAUAUCCACCGACCGUUUUCUUAGAAAGUGAUGCAUUUAACGUUAGCUAGUUAAAUGUUUAUUAGCUACAGGAACACUAAGUUCAAUUUAAUACAGCCCUGCUAAAUUCAGAUUAGAGUUCCGAACACAGCGGCAGUGACCUUUUGAGCUUGUGGGCGUGGUGAACGUGUUAGUAAUUUUGAAUGUGGUGACAGACGACCUUGCAGCAGGUUGGCUAGCACAGGCAAUGAAAACUCUUCUAUUCGUCAUUAAAUUCGCGCUAACGUAAUUGUACAUUGCACUUAUUUUUGCUGGGUUGUAAGGGGGCAACUGUGAGCCGAGAUGUUUGCUUUCGCAAAUAAAGUGAAGAUGCAUGUUUUCUGUUAAAGCCAGCAAACAGGAUCAAAGUCUCUGAGAGAAAAUAGAAGCGAGCACCAAAACCCCCAUGUGCGUAUUUACUAGCAUGUCUGACAGCGAGUCCAUAAAGAAAAUGUUGCGGUCUGUACUUCAGUCCAGCAAGGUCGGCGUUUCUAUUGCCAGCCUCCAGUCAGAGUACCGGUCACUGUGCGGAGAGAGCAUCCCGCUGAAGAAGCUGGGCUACUCAAAUCUGGAGGACUUCCUCCGGAGCAUCCCCUCCGUGGUCCAACUGGAGUACCGCAUGGGUGAGUUGAAGUGCUUUGCUGCAGUGUGUCGAGAGACAGCCCACAUUGCUGAGCUGGUGGCCAAGCAGAAGAGCUCUAAGAAAUCUGGUCACUCCCAAGUCGUCAACUGCAGGAUGAGAUUCAAACCUUCCAACCCAUACAUGCUCAAUGUGAGGCCAAGGUCCUCUCUCCGCCAACCCUCAGCUGGUGGUGCCUCUAACUGGCUGGCAAACCGUUCUCGGUCCCAUGGUGGCUACAGAGGAGGCUUCAGCGCCUCAGGAGACUACAGACAGUCGGACCAAAAGUUAAGCUCCAUCACGCCUGUCGAACACAGACAGCCGGCUCCUCAACCAGCUGUAAAACAGUGUGUCAUGCCUUACAGUGAAAAGAAGAACUUGGCAAACGGCCAGAAGCCUAGAGAGAAGCCUCCUGAACAGGUAUGCAGAAGCAGCCAAUCCCAGUGUUGUCUGUAUGACCUAGAGCUGGUGCAGAGCAGAAUCACUCAGCUCCUGGAGAAAUACUGCUGUGGAUUGUGGAUGUCGAAACUAUCCGGGGUCUACAGUGAAAUGUUCAGUCAGGAGCUCCACCCUCAGGUGCUCACAGAUCUGGAAAAGUGGUCACACAUCUGUAUGGUGGAGAAACCUGCCAGCACCUCCCGAGCCGACCGCCUGAUCUACCCUCCUAAGCCUUCUACUGUCUUUAAACAUAGCACCACCAACACUGGUCCAACAUCACGCACUGAUUCAUGCACUCUCACUACACCCAUUUCUUCACGUCCCUCAACACCUGAACAACCUUCCAACCACCUCCCUCCUCCCCCUUUUCCUAAACCUAGAUUUUCCCCCAAAAGCCCCUUGGCUAAGCCCACAUUUGUUUUUCCUCCACAACUUGUUCCUGCUUCAUCAGGAAAGCCUUUUACCUCAGUCACAUUGCGCAGUCCUGCCCAUAACCCAGCUCUUGGUCCCCAGUUCCCCCCCCGUGUCAGUCAUACAGUCAAUGCCAAUGGUAAACUUAAAGAUAAUCACAAUUUCCCUACAACUACCCUCAACCACAUGCAAAACACUCAGCCCUUAGCUACUACCCGGGCUUGCCCUGCAUCGACCAACACUCCUUCAUUGGCUUCCUCCCUCCAACCAGGGCCUGACAUUUUACCCCUUUUGAAGGUCACCUUCUCCCCUACCUCUGAAUCUGCCCCUUGUCCUCCUUCAAAAACUUCUGCUGUGGUGUCAGCUCAGUUGCGUCAAAGAAUAAAGGAACUUCUGUCCAAGUACAGUCAUGGUCUGUGGGCCCAUGCCUUGCCCAAACUUUUUAUUGACACAUACAAGACGCAGUUCCCCGAACAUAUUCUGGACAACUUGUCUCUUUUGCUGGAUAUAUGCACUGUGGAGUACCCCAUACCGCAUGACAAGAAGAAGGCCAUUUUGUCCAGUAGAGCAGACAUGGAAGCCACAGUCAGUCAAGAAAGCCAACAGUGCAAAAGCCAUGUCCUUCCCUCUGGUCUGGAGGUCCUGGGCCCUGUGGUACCUCCGUGUCUGGUUGUGCCCUCAGAGCAGUACCCCUCUGUGCUGAUUACUGGCGCCAAGGGCAGCAAUGCUCUUACUGUAAGGUAUGUAGGUGAGAACUACUCCAAUGCCCAGGAGGCUAUGGAGGAGGCCAUGCGCUCUUUCUAUAGCCAAAAGUCUACCCACCAUCCUCUAUCAAACCCCUCUGUUGGUCAGCUGGUAGCAGUCAGAGGGGAGGAUGGAGAUGAGCUGGCCAGAGCUCAGGUCAUGGAGGUUACGGCCACUGACAAGGUCAAGGUAUACUACGUGGACUAUGGCUUCUCUGUAGAAACCAACGGGACUAAUCUACUGGAGCUGCACCAGGGCUUUCUCUCUCUGCCGUUCCAGGCUACUAAUGUUAGACUUGCAGGUCUAGAGGCAUUCAGCUCCCAUCCACUGGUGCUGUCCUCUUUGGACAAGUUGGCAGUCGGAAAGAUCCUUCUGAUGGAGACAUUAGAGCCGUGUAAACAGAAUGAGGUACCUCUGGUAGUGAUGUAUGACACUUCAGAGGAUGAUGACAUCAACAUCAACUCCACCUGCCUGAAGGCGCUGCAGGACAAGACUAUGAACAACCCUCUGACUGUAAAUGCUACCUAUCAGGAUGUGUGUGUGACAAAUGUGUGUGCAGAUGGUAUAAUUUAUUGCCAGCUGCCCUCCAGAGGAACCGCAAGACUCAGCAGGUUACUGGAAGGAACAGAGGGCAUCUUCAUCUCCCAGAUGACAUCUGAGUAUCUGGUGUCCAGACCGUUCAGUGGAAAGUUCUGUUUAGCCCGCUACAAAGGAAAGUGGUCCAGAGUGGAGAUCACCAACAUGUACAGCAACAGAGUGAUGGAGAUCUUCUUCAUUGACUUGGGUGUCUCAGCAACUGUAGAGCUCACUGAUCUCCGAGAGAUCCCCCCGCUUUUCCUCAAAGACUUCUCCGUUAUCCCACCACAGUUUUUGUGUAAUGUUGUUCUUCAGGCUAUCAAAUGUCGCCUGGCUGACCUCCCUGUUCCAGAGGGAGACUGGAGCGCACAGGCCGUUCUGUGGGUGAAGGAGGCUCUCCUUGGCUCCGAAGACUGUAAAAUGAAGAUCUUGAAAUUAGACCAGCACAAAGGGGACUGGCUGGUCUAUAUGUACCUCUUCAAUGGCGUUGAUAGUCAUCAGGAUUUGGACAAGAGUAUCAACCAUCAGCUGGCCCAGUCAGAGUUCUGGCAAAAACUGACAACAGACAACAACAUUAGCGUGGAGACAGGUCUCAGUGCUCUAGUGGACAAGUUGACACUGAGCAGCCCAGUCCCAAAUCCAAUUGUCAAGGCACCAAGGGGACCUCUUCACCAAGCAGAGGAUUCAUCUUUUCCAGAUACGACCACCAAAACUGGGAUGAAGCCACUUCCUAUGCCUCCCCCACUGGAGCUCCCCCAGCCUGGUCAGAAUAUGGAUGUGUUUGUGCCAGUGGCCUGCCACCCUGGUUACUUUGUGCUGCAGCCAUGGCAGGACCUGCAUAAACUGGUGGUACUGAUGGGGGAGAUGAUCCUCUAUUAUAACCAGACACAGAAGACCAACACAGCCACACUGAUCCAGAAAGGAGAGGUCUACGCUGCCAAAAUAGUCAAGAAUUGGCACCGUGUGCAGGUGAAGGGGAUUCUGGCCAACGGCUUAGUUUCUGUCUACGAGUUGGACCACGGUAAACAUGAGCUGGUCCGUAGUACUCUCCUCCAGCCUCUGAUAGAGGAAUUCAGACAGCUGCCUUUCCAGGCUAUCACUGCACAACUGGCAGGUAUGACGCAGCACCAGUGGUCAGAGCAGGCCUCCAUGUUAUUCAGGAACCACGUGGAGGGUCGAGCGCUGGUAGCCCAGGUGGAAAGUGUGCAGGAGGUGUCGGAGGUUAAAGGUGAGCAGUGGGAACGUAGGUUGACAGUUUACCUGGUGGACACUACGUUGGAGGACAGGGACCUUUGGAUUCACAGCAUCAUGGCCGACAUCGGCGGUGAGCUGUCUUCAGCAGCCUAGGAUGUCUCCCUAUGCAUGUUGGGAAAUUAACCAGCAAGCUGACUCUGUGACUGUUCUUUUCAUUUUCUAAAAAUGGUGAAAGUGCUCAGUGAACUUUGGAAGCCAGAAGUCACUUUCUCUGCCCUUGGUUCUUUUGAGAUUUUCAGCACUCUGGAUCGUUUUUCCAAUCAAGGACUAAUUUCUGUGUCAUUGUUAAGGGCCAUGUCAACUUGACAGUCAUGAUGUUGUUUUUGUUGAGGAGGUAAGCUUUUCUCAAUGUUAGGACAGGAAAAGAUUUGUCUCAGAGGCACUAUUGUGUGCAUUUGUACUCAAAUUAAAGAGGAAAAUGUGGAAAACUUGAAUUCAUCAACGCUUAUUAGUUCCUUCAAGUUACCUGUGUGUUGCAUGGUUUGUUGUCUAAUAUUUGAUCCUUGUUUCUCCCCCUCAUCAAAUUUGUUUUUUUGUUUGCUGUGCCUCAUGCAUGCAAUGGCGUGGCGUGGUAAUUGUUUUACUUUUUACUUCACUCUAAGUUCUUAGUAGUUCUACCAAAGAGUGAGUUCCCCUCCAGGCCUCUCAGACAGUUUCAUUUAAAUAAAUAAAUAAAAAGACUAGAGAAAAGUGCCAAAAA